AAAAAAAAUGACUGACUCUUGACAUCAAUCCGUCCAUUGGUGGCCAUCUUAUGUUCUCCUCAACAGAACAGGUUUUUGCUGUCCCUAUACAUGUCCAGUGGGGGGAAGCCAGGGAUGUAUCAGCGAAUUCAAAAAUGCUGAUGCCUGGAUUCGGAGACUCAUGGGGGCCAUGAGCACUACCUCGUGACAGGAAUCAGAGUCUCAAAUGGGGGAGGAGGAAUGUAGAAUGAGUGGCGGGUACUCUCUAGCCAAGUAGAUGAUGUCGUCAUGUUGCCUCGUCUAACUAUAUAACAUGAGACUCCCAAUUUAUCCUUCAUUUUUAUUCUGUACUCGUCCACCCCUCUCACCACAUCACCUUGAUCAAAAGGAAGAAAAUGAUUGUUCCCGGCAUGGAAGAAAUACUCAAGCACACGGCAACAUUGCCCACCUCAACUCCCACCGUCGGUCCUAUUCCGACAGUGAUUCCGGGAGACUGGCCUGUCGUUCAACAUAUCCAUGAUACCGGAAAGCGGACACUAUGGUGAGUCAAUCACUAUACCAAAGGUCUAUGACAGAGAUCCAUGGGUAUUGAUACCGAGUGCUCAGGGUCGUCGUCGUCCUCAUGGCAAUUUCCGCUCUUGCCUUUUACACCCUCGCUGCCAGAGUUAGAGUGCAAUCCCGCCUCCUCCACACCCUGACUGCCCUCAUCACAACAGUCUCAUUCCUAUCCUACCUGGCAAUGGCCACCGGCGAAGGCGUAACCUACAAACACUCCAUCGUCCACCAUCCCCACAAGCACGUCCCGGACACCCACCAAGAAUACCUCCGACAAAUCUUCUGGGUGCGAUAUCUCAACUGGAUCAUAACCACCCCUCUGAUCCUCAUCAACAUCGCCCUCCUAGGCGGAUUGAAUGGUGCAAAUCUUGUCGUUGCCAUAUCCGCCGAUCUCAUCAUGUUUGCUGCCGGAUUGACGGCUACAUUCUCGCAUGAUGAGCGCCGAUGGGUGUGGUACACGAUUACGAUUAUCGCUUUCUUGACGGUCGGUUUCCAAGUUGGUGUCAAUGGAGCUCGAUCCGUGCGUCGAGGAGCUGACCAGCACCGCGCAUUAUUUACUUCGUUUGCGGGUGCUAACCUGCUCGUAUUCUUGCUGUAUCCUAUUAUCCUCGCUGCAUCCCCUCUCAGCCAACGCAUCAGUGUAGAUGCCGAAACCGUUGCUUGGGCGAUCCAUGACAUCUUGACCCAGGGUAUUUUCGGCUACUGGUUGCUCUUGGGUCAUGAUAGUAGCGAGACUGGGUAAGCUCUUUCUCUUCAACUUGGUUGAAGUGCUGAAAUUCUUAACGCUUUCUAGACAACUCUUUGUCGACGGUUUCUGGUCCAAUGGUAUCAACCACGAAGGCGCAAUUCGCGUUGGCGAGAAUGACGGAGUGUAAAUCAGAUGUCCGCUCCUGAAAGCUGUCGAUACUGGGUCUUAUCGACAUUACAUUGAAGGGAAGAGUUAUUGAAACUUGAGAAAGAUACCGAAAACAGUGUUAUCGACGUCAGGAUAUGGUCUGGUAAUUAUACCAGUCGCGAUGUGACGGUAUAAUCGUAAGUACAUGGAGGAGAGAUGGAAAAAUGCAAAACUUGCUGUAGUAUCAAGGUUAAAGACUACCUUGCGAUGCUGUGUUGUUUCAACCGAGACGUUAAAACCAUUCAACUAUUAAUCGAAAAUACGGGCUAUGAAUUAUGAAAAGUAUGUUACUCUAGUUACCGAUCAAAAGAAUGAAUUGAAUUAAUCAUCUAUGGG